AUGAAGGUUUUAUUCCAAGAACUUUGUCAAAGCAAAUUGGGCUGGGACGAACCUUUAUCCGAACUGUUAUAUCAUAAGUGGCAAAGCUGGUGCGAUGAAUUGAACAAGGUUGGGUACAUCGAAAUUCCACGGUGUUACUUGAGUAACUCGGCAGACGGUUCUAUUUCUUAUCAGUUGCAUGGAUUUUGUGACAGUUCGUGUGUCUGUUACGCAGCCGUUGUCUAUUUGAGAGUCGAGACCGAGGUCGAUAUCCGUACUUCAUUAGUUAUGUCGAAGACAAGAGUAGCUCCACUUUCCCAGACUUCAAUACCAAGACUUGAACUGUUAUCUGCUUUAAUCCUUGCACGAUUAAUGGCUAAAGUUAUGUCAGCGCUUCAAUCGGUAAUCGAUAUUGACAUAAUAAAAUGCUGGACGGACUCGAUCACAGCAUUGUUUUGGAUUCAGGGGAAAGAAAAGGAAUGGAAGACGUUUGUGGAAAACCGAGUCAAUGAAAUUCGUAGUUUAGUGCCGGUAGAAUGUUGGUCUCACACUCCCGGAAGGGAUAACCCGGCAGACAUUUCUUCGCGGAGAGCAAAGGCAUCACAAUUACAGACUAGCGACACUUGGUUUCAUGGUCCUUCGUGGUUGGUUUGCGAUGAAGGUGAAUGGCCAGCUUCUAAAUCCCUUUCCCAACCUUCGGACGAAUGCAAUCAAGAACUAAAGUUAAAUCGAGGAGGUCUAUCAACUACAAGCCUGGCGAAUACCCAAGUAAAUUUAACAUACCUGCUUGAUCCUAAACGUGUAUCCAGAUUCCACAAACUCUUGCGAAUUACGGCGUAUGUAUUGAGGUUUAUCAAUCACAUUCAAAGGAAACCAUAUAGCACUGGCUCACCUACGACUGCAGAAAUUAAAGCUGCAGAAAUCAUAUGGACGAAGGAGGCACAGCGGGACAUGGACAUAAAGCAGUUAGAAAGGCAACUGGGACUGUUUAAAGAUGAAAAUCAAGUUAUUCGGUGUAAGGGACGUGUGGGUAAUGCAGAACUUCCAUACGUUACCAGAUUCCCUGCUUUAUUGCCUCGUCAUCAUUGGCUCACUACUCUAAUUGUACGAUAUUGUCAUGAACAUGUCCUUCAUAAUGGCUUGAAGGAAACACUAGCCGAAGUGCGUUCGAAGUUUUGGAUUACCAAGGGUCGACAGACGGUUAAGUCUGUACUCUUUAAGUGUUCUGUCUGUAAAAGACUUCAAGGGAGACAUUAUCCAAUUCCAGAAUCACCGGAUCUACCGUCAUUUCGUGUUUGCGAAGAAUAUGCCUUUAGUUGCGUAGGGGUGGACUUCGCAGGUCCACUCUAUGCAAGGUCUUGGAACAACGGCGAAAGAGAAAUGAUUAAGACUUACGUAGCGUUAUUCACUUGUGCCAGUAGCAGAGCUGUACAUUUGGAACUUGUUCCAAACCUCGAAGCAAAAACAUUCAUGUUGUGUCUCAGAAGAUUUGUCAGUCGUCGCGGGCUUCCUCGGCUUAUAGUCUUGGAUAACGCCAAAACGUUCAAGUCAGCCAAGAAAACGCUUCAAAGACUAUUCGACAGACCCAAGGUGAAGAACUUUCUGGUCAACAAAGGUAUUGAAUGGAGAUUCAAUCUUGCAAAAUCCCCCUGGUGGGGUGGAUUUUUUGAGCGCAUGGUCAAGGGAGCUAAAACGUGCUUAAAGAAAGUGCUCGGAAAAUCGCAGUUAUCGUUUGAUGAACUAUCUACCAUUCUCGCAGAAAUCGAGGCUGUUUUGAAUUCACGUCCCUUGACAUACUCGUACAGCGAUGACAUCGAAGAAGCGAUCACACCCGCACAUCUUAUUAUCGGGCGUAGAUUGUUGAAUUUACCUGACGGUGUAGUUCGAGAAGAAAACUUUGACGGUGAAAGCGGUAAGGAAGCAGUUCAAAGACGUGCAACGUACGUCGCGAAGAAAAUUCAACAUUUUUGGCAACGGUGGAAGCGCGAGUACCUUGUUGACAUUCGUGAGUUUCAUCGUCCGAAAAAGGGUAAUAUUAGCACGUCACCUGUUCAAGUCGGAGAUAUUGCUUCGCUUCGGGAUGAGUCGCAGUUGCAACGAGGAUUGUGGUCGAUGGGCAAGGUCGAGAGACUCGUGACGGGCAGAGACGGUAACGUUAGAGGUGCUCGAGUUCUUCGCGUGAAAAACGGUAAAAGAAAUAUAAUCGACAGACCUUUACAAAAACUCUAUCCAUUGGAGAUACGGUGCGCAAACACGGAAGAAGACAAGGUAAAGCCAGCGCGCGGAGACGAAGGUAAGACUGAAACGUUUGAACGGACAACGCCCAAGAGGGCUGCGGCAGUUAUUGCUAACGACCGGAUUGGCCAGUAUUUCGAGGACGAAUAG